UUGCAGCCACUUUAAAUUAGAAUCAUGUGGAGGUGCAUUUGUGGAAUUGAAGAGUCCCUUGCAUCAUCGGAGGCACUGAGCUGCAGGUCUACUACAGGUAAGUAUUUGGUGGCUGGUUUAUCUGAGCAGCUGGCUCAGUAUGAACAGCUGGUAGUGCAGCUCAUAGACCAAUAUCCGGACAAAGAGACCCAGCUACAAGUGAGAGAUGAACACCUUAAGUUACUGGAAGACCUCAAGGUAAAACUCCGUGAAAACGAAGAAGCAUUAUUGGAAAAGACGCAACUUGUCGAUGUGUUGCAGAAAAAGCUUAAUAGGAAUAAUCGGGAUCUAGCGUUGCUGGAAGACUUCAAUGAAAAACUCUGGGAAAGGGAAGAGGAACUGCGAGAAACAACAGAACACGUGAAAGUACUGCAGAAAAAGCUGGAAAGGAAGAAUUGUGUGAUAAUGGAGUUAGUUGAAGAUGUAAGAAAGCUUGAAGAUGAGAAUGAGGACCUGGACAACAAGUAUUACGCUGAAGAUUACUCCAGCCAUAUCAAGAUCUGUGGUUUGAGGGCGACCCAUAAAGCUGAAUUAACAAAUCUCAAAGAACAAGUGACGCUUCUGUACCAAGAGGCUGCAAGAUCAGAGGACAGUUCCUUGUCAAUGGAAGCUUCAUACCUGUCUAAAAUCGAGCAGAUCCAAGAGGAGCUGGACAAUGUACAGCUUGUUUCUGCUCAGAAGCUUCUGCUGGAGCACAAAGAUGCGGAGAUUGACUAUGAAGAGGAGGACGACCAGUUACACCUAAAAGUGAACUGGCCACAAUACGUCGAGGCACAAAAUGAGAAGCUUCAAAAAAUAUUGGAAACAUAUGAAGAGCAAUACCAGAACAUGCAAGUAGGUUUAGAACAAGUUACCAAGGGAGCAGCUUCCCAGGUUGGGAGAAUUUGUGAUGCAUUUAAUUCCCCCACGUACAAUCUUAAUUCCAAGUGUGCGCAUUCUGCACAGAUUCAAAAGUCUCAAGUAUCCUGCUAAUUAAUAUUACAUUGCAUUUUACAAAUAAUUUUAUGUUGCUUAUUCAGAUU